ACAAGGCUACGCAUGCAAUCCCUCUCGCACGAGCUGCAGAAUUUCUCUAGAGCGCGCCUCAAAAAACAGAACACGCGAAUCACUACGGCUACCGGGAAGGUCCUUGUGGAAACGCGAAGCGGCGAUGAUGGUUAUGUAGUAGAAGCAGCAGAGGAGAGCGCCACCUGCGGGUUUGUCCAAGAUCUGAGUUUGGACCUUCAAGUGGGCGUCAUUACACCCUUUCUCCUGCUCUCCUCACAGGACGCCGCCAGUGACACUGAGACUUUGAGAAAAUUCAAGGUAACUCAUGUAUUAAACGUUGCCUGUGGAGUGGAGAACGCCUUCCCUGAGCACUUUAUCUAUAAAACCGUUCCUAUGAUGGAUCUGCCAGAGACAGAGCUCACCUCCUACCUCCCACAGUGCUUUGAGUUCAUUGACGAGGCCAAAAAACAGGAUGGAGUUGUGUUGCUCCACUGUAAUGCGGGCGUGUCCCGCUCUGCCUCUAUUGCCAUUGCUUAUCUAAUGGCGAAGGAGAAGAUUCCGUUUGAGGACGCGUUUAACCGAGUCAGAUCAGCUCGUCCUUCAAUACGGCCAAAUGCUGGCUUCCUCGUUCAGCUCACGGAGUAUCACCCAUGAUUCAUCACCAACACUUAGUACUGCAGCUCAUCAUGCACUGUGGACAUUUCAAAUUCAGCACUCCUAUUUAAAUGUCUGUAAACUGCAGCAAGCUGAAACUACAUAGUAAAGACAACUGUGGAUCUGCUUGUUUUUGAUGUUACAAUUUCAGAUACAGAUUUGACGUAAAAUAACUCAACAACUUAAUGCAAAGAUUUACAUUUUAGUCACUUUUGAAACCACAUUAGUUGUAGAAGGCUUUAUGUUCCAGCGUUCUUUACUUAACAAGGACACAAGACAACAUUUACUGUGAUGUGGGGAAAAAUAAAACUGAGCUUUGCAAAAAAAAGAAGUGCUCACAAUGAUGGACACUGAGCUUUGAGCAAAUUUGUGAACGAAUUGGUUUUGAAACAAGGAAAUGAUGUGGACCUGAUUGAAAAACCAUAGACAUUUUGAGAAUGAUAAAGUAUUACAUUAAACAUUUAACACACUAUGCUGAGGUUACUAAAUUAAGAAAAUCUUUACUUUUUAGGGGACUUUGUCUACUUUGUAGAACACGAGUAAAUGUUUAAAAAGAAGUUUUCGCAGACAGUUGGAAGAAAAGGGGGGGAUCCUUCUGCGAGAUUGAAAGACUUCAGUCACAAAAUACAACUUUCUACAAAAGAUUCAUGCAAGAUAGAGCAUUAUGGGUAAGUGAAAGUGGUCACACAUUGGAGAAAGGCCAAAAAAAAGUUACUUCUGCAAUAAGGUGUCUAUCUUUAUUAUAGAAAUGCGGUCCUACCUGCUGCAACCAAG